UAUGCUGCCUUUAACUAAACUAGUUUGUUUAUUAAAAUUCCGUAAUACAUUCAUUUAUUAUUCUUGUUCGAUUGUGUCAUGUUUUUACAGCAGUUGCUGUUGACAUUGCAGCAGUUGGUAAGUCAAUUAAAACGUCAUUUGGCUUCGGUUUGGCUGCAUUCAGUGCCGCGCUAUUUGUACGGCUUCCGGCCGUUGGUGGCGCCACGUGCAACCAGCCGAGCCAGUUACCAGCGCUGUGGCAGACGACCACGACGCCAACUGGUCAUGGACUACAUCUUCGAGUGCUUCUUCGACGACACCUUCGAGCACAUCACACGCAACGGUCUCCACGAUCGUCAGUCUCGGCGCAACGUGCUCGAUCAUUUGAGUGCCAUCAUCAAGGGCUGCAGCGAGGGUCAAAAUGUCCAGACGGCUGAGGUUGCCAGCCUGGCUGUUGUUGCCGCUCUGCGUUACCAUCGACUGGCCAAGGAAGCCAACGGACAGGUGUGCCUCAUGGGGAAGUAUCACAACAUUUUAUAUAUUGCGCUGCGCUGCUGUUGGGAUUGGGGAGUACGCGACUCCGAGGUUGUCGUUCAGCUGUUGGUGGCUAUUUAUGAGUGCGAGAAGACGUUCGAGCGCAUCUUUUUGGGUGCACUAUUUGGGCCACAUGCACCGCACUUUAUAGCCGGCUGGCGCAGCGAUUUUCAGGACCAGCAUGAGAAUGUGCGCGCCAUGGUUUACUUUCUGAAGCAUGCAACACGCGAAAAACUGACAUUGCCCGUGUGGAUACCUCGCUUCGAGCAGGAGCGCCAGCUUAGAUUCAUUGAUGUACCCAUCGAGUCCUGCGGACGUUCAUCGCCACUCCGCAUUGCGUUGCAAGCAAAUGCGCCCGAAUUGUUGCUGCUGCUGCUCAGAUACGGUGCUUCCCCAUUGCCACCAGAUGGUGGCACCUCCGUGAUAAUGGCGCUGCUCGACAAACUUAUCGAGGAUGGACGCAAUUACAAUUACGAGCUAGUUCUCUGCCUCAACAUACUUAUGCGCAAUGUGGCCAUGAUUGAAAUACCCUUUAUGCUGCCUACAAAUUAUGGGGAGAGACGGCAAGUCUUCUUCGAGCGCUAUAUACAACUCUUAAGGGAUAAAAUCAUUGCCAAGGAACAGGUCUACGGCGUGCCGACUUUACGUCAUUUCUGCCGCUGUCGUAUUCGUGAUAUAUUGAGGGAAUGUAAUCAGCUACCAAAUGGCAUCGAUACGUUGCGGUUGCCGCUGCGACUGCAACGCUAUAUUGACCUAACCGAGGAGCUGGACGGACCAGAGAUGCAGCAGCCACAGCAGCAGCAGCAAACGCCACCUUCGCAAGCGAAUCGAAUGGAUAAGCUGACAAAUGCCAUGCAGAGAUUAGAGACCAUCAACAGCAGCGGGGAGGAGAGCGAUUCGGAUGAUGAGAGCGAGAAUCAAUUGCAGCUGCUCGAGCCGGUCACCGAUGCGGAGAAGGCGGCUGUCGCUGCCUUUGUGGCCACCAGCGAUGGCGUCAUCACCGAGGAGGCCAAACAGGCGGCUAUUGCCGCCUAUGUGGCGGCCACUGAGGCCAAUGAGAAGAAGAGCCCUCAACCCUCAACGCUUAGCUAGCAAGCUAUUAAGUAGUGUUUUGUACUCGCACACUCACCGAUAGGUCUCCUCGCUGAUGUUGAUGCGACCGGGCACACCGGUGGUUUCCGUGCGACUCGUCAGGUUGACUGUGUUGCCAAAGAGGCAAUAACGGGGCACACGAUUUCCAAUGACACCGGUGACCACCUCGCCCGAGUGGAUGCCAAUCGUGAUUUGCUGUAUGGAGUAUAUUUAGAGAAGAGUACAACAUUAUAAUCUGUAAACUGUGAAAUUUCUAGUGUUUAACAAUUUAUAAUAUGUGUGUUAGUAAUGAAAUAUAUGUGCCACUCGCCGAUUACCGAGUCAAACACUUGAUUUACCUAAUAAAGUUUCAGAGCCAAAGAAAAGCUAACAGUAAUGGCUCAAGUUCUGCAGGAAAAUGUA